AUGUUAUGUUUGGAUAAAGAGGAUGAGAUAAAAUUUUCCAAAAAAGUCUACGCGCCGCGAAAUAAGCAGGAGGGGAGCAGACGCCCCAUUAGUGGGGGUGGACCGGACGAGAGGGUGCACCUUGGCAAUGGGCAACAUGGGCAAAAUGACCCAAGUGAUCCCAGUGGUCUGAGUGCCCCAAAUAAUACGGCGCUUGACGAAAAUGCCCCGAGCAACAGCACCGACGGAAUAUCCACUAAUGAAGUCAUUUACAUAAACACCAGCUCGUGCAAUUCCUUCGUCUUCAUAAUCACGAAAAUUUGCUUCUAUGUGUUUGACAAUUACGACUUUUCCUUCGUUAGUUUAUACGCUUUAAAACAUGACAAUGUUGACAAGUACGGGCACCACAACAAGGUCGUUUUGUCACCCGUUGACAACACUAUAUAUAUAGUCAGCACAAAUUUUCAAUAUGUGUAUGCGUACAAUAUAGCUAACAAGAAUGACGUUGUUAUGUUGGAUUAUGAAAAGAAUGCACACUCGAUAAAUAUUUUGGAAUAUUCUGAUGAUGACUCGAGUGAAAAUGAAAAUGAAUAUUAUGCUUACAUCACGUAUAUUAAGAAAAAGUAUAGGAAAAAAAAAAUACAUAAAAAUGUGUGUAUAAAACUGUUGACCGUUCUGUACCUCCCCAUUCCUUCCAAUUGCCUGAUGAUAACGAAAAAUAACAUUUUAUUUUUUUCCUACGACACGGAUGAAAUAUUCAUUUCGGAAAAUGUGAAAUCUGUCUUGGCUGCCACCUCGCGUCAUACCAGGGCGGCGCCUCGGAGCAGCGUUAUUCCCAACGAGGGAAAAAAUGACGCACAGAACAAGAAAUUCCUUCCAAACGGAAAUAGGGGCGACAGUAACAAUAGUGUUAACAAGCUUGUUAUUAACACACAGAUUGUAAGCCUUAAGGGAAUUUAUUUUAGUAGAAGAGCAAGGGGGGGCAAAAGAUUCCUAAGGACAACUAAAGAGGAGAAUAAUAAAAUGUGCAAAGGGAACCAAGCCCGUGCAGAUACCAAGCACAUCUUGAGUCUGCUUCAACGAAUGAAGGCGUACUGCAACCAGCUGAGACGCGGCUUGCUUCCAUCGUGUUGGGAUGCCACAGCAAAACGGAAGAGGAAUAAAAGAAGGAUGAACAAUAAUGCCAAUCCAAGUGGUGAUGUCAAUCGAAGCGGUGGUGACAGUACCAGUCAGACGAGGCGCCACUCAGGCUGGAAGAUCUGCAGGCCCACCUACCUGCACGGCGCCAACCGAGAAAAAAACCUGUACAAGUUUAUAAGGAGCAAAAAAGUCGGCAUAACAAAUAAGCACAUGAGAAGAAUCGCCAAAGAAGGAAUUGUCAAAGUAGAAUUUAGCGAGCACAACGAUUAUGUCUUACUACUGAGUCGCGAGGGAGAUUUUUACAUUUUCUCCUUUUUUCGUCAUUUUUUCAAUGUUUCGAAAAGUGAGUCCUGUUACCAUUCUGGGAGGAAAGUCCACGCGGGGAACCUCAAGGGGCUGAAAGGGACAGGCACAGAACGUCAAAACAUGCAGAAAAGAAAAACGAAAAAAAAAAAAACACAGCGAGGGACGGAGCAAACAAGUAGUCCUAACCAUUGGACAAGUGCUAAAUAUGACAAAGGUGAUGCCACUCACAAUGAGAAAGUAACAAUCCCUCGUAAUGAAAUCCAAUGCAGCGAUAACCAUGUAAGGAAUAGAAAACGAAAACCGGUCAUUGGCAUUUACGUGGGUACCUCUAUAAUAGACGUGAGCAUGAACAUUUACAGAAAAAUGAUCCUAGUGAUAACCGAAAAUUUGAUCAUAAAGGCAUAUGGGACUUAUCCAUACGUGUGCAAACAUACCUUCGAAAAGAGCAUAUUUACAAUAGACACAUUUAAUGCGUGGAGCAAUUCACACCAUUACUACAACUUCCUUCUCUGGAACAAGCAACAUAAUUUUUUUCUCAUCUCCGUAAAUGAAAACAGUUAUUACAUUUUUAACACGAAUGGAACUUUGUACUAUUCGAUGAAGCAGGACUCUUCCUCCCAUGAUGGAUCAAACGAAAAUGUGGACUACGUAGAAAAUAAUCCUCAGGAUGGUUCUACUCAUCGAAGUGAUGAUGAAGGGAGAGAUCUUUCACCUCCACCUGGGGUAGCCUCUCCAGAUGGCGUCCCUCCCAAACGAAGCGCAAAACGUACAUCCUCAUUCUGCAGCAAUGCAUUGGCUAGAGGUAAAAAAAAUAGCAUAAGACACGCACAUGUAAACAUAUCCUUCGUCUUUAAUGAUUUCAAACUGUUUCAUGCCAAUUGGAAAGACGAAAGGCACCACUAUAUCACAGUAAAAAAUGUCUUAUACCUAAAUGACAUAUAUAGUAAUAACAAAACAUUCCACUAUAAUAGUAAUUAUUACACAAAUGAGAAGAGUCAGAGAGUAUACAUUGGAUUAAAUAACAUCGUCAUGUUCGAUACGAACAUCAAUAAUUUUAAUUUGAGUAACCACGAGAAGAAUGUACUGAACAUAAAGGAGAUUAUAACUCCUUUUAAAUACGUGAAAAAGUGCUACUCAAACUUUAGCAACACGUACAUGCUAAUCAUUUUUAAGACAAUCUGUAUUUACAGCUUUCAAAAAAAAGCCUUUUCAUAUUUUGUCGAUGAUUAUCUCAAGUUCUUUUUUCACAACUAUCCUGCGGGAUGGUUGUUUGAUGAUAUUUUUUUUGUCACAUGUUUGCACAACAAAUAUGAUGAAAAUAAUUUUCGGCACUUCAAAAGGAAGGAAGACUUGGGCGCAGGGAGGAGCAGCAUAUUUUUCAGGAGGGCCCUCACUGGCGAGGGCUACAUGGGCUUCGAGCUGUUCAGCAUGGACUACGGGACUGCGGAGGUGCGAACGGCUCUCGAUGGGGGGGGAGAAGCAGGUGGAGAGGAAGAAGCACAUGAAGAGGAUGAAGGAAACGAAAAAUAUGAACCGAACGGAAAAGAUGAACCGAACGGAAAGGAUGAAGCGAACGGAAAGGAUGAAGCGAACCGAGAGGAUGAGACAGAUGGAGAGAGCGAAUCGUUCGAGUUGCUCGAAUCAGAUGGGUCAUCCAAAUCGUCCAAAUCGAACGCGAAGGCAGCCCCAUCUCUCGAAGGUCCCUCGAGGGGCAAAGACAUCCGCGAAAAAACGGAGAUCCCCAAAGCAAACAGAGACCACCGCACUGUCGACGAAUCGAAGUUGCUAAACUAUCUCUUCAAUAUCAACCAUAACGAAUCGGACAUGUACUACAAAUACUUUGAGGAAUAUUUUAACACAAACAAGGGGAACAUAUACUCGAAGCCGUUCUCCGUGUUUUAUAAUAAUUUUUUUCUGAAGGAAGAGGAAAACGUGUUUUUAGAGACUUACCUGAUGGAAGAGCGCAUCAGGGAGGAGGAGCAAGUAACCCUUCCCAGGGUGAACCACCCCCAGGGAGAAGCUCCCUCUGAAGAUGGUGAAAAAGGGCCAAGUGGUGAACAAAAUCCACCCCAAGCUUCAGAAUCAUACCUUGGUGAUAAGACGCACCUUGCACAUAACGACUACAGCGAGUUGCAGAGCAAAUUGAAUUCUUACGCAGAAUCGAGCGAAAACGUGGGCAACGCGGAAAAUGGGAAGGGUGUUAGCGAGCGGAAAAAGCACCUCAGCAGUGAAGACCAAAACGGGGAAAGCAGUUUUUCAUACGAAAGUAGCACUUCCCUACAGAGUGAUGCAAGUGUGCCUGACGGCGGAGGACCAAGAAGUAAUUUAAAAAAAACAAAUGUCAAAGGAGAUAGCUCCGAUUAUGGCGUCCCCCCUUAUGAUAACACAUACAAUGCUAAAGAGAAAACAAAUCAGAAAAAAAGAAGCGAGCAGGAGUACGUAACCAAACUGACACGCUCGUAUGAAGAAAUAAUUAGAAAAAAUAAUUUCUAUUAUAUCAUAUACCUUUAUGACAUAAACAACGCCCUGCGGUUUAGCAACUACACGUUGUCCAUAAAGAUGUUAUAUAGGCCUAUAUUGACCCACGUUUACUAUGACAAAAGUCGCCUAGCCGAAGAGGACAACGGGGAGAGAACAGGGGAGACGAACAAACAGUCUAACGAAUCAACCUCGGCGGAUACGUCAAGAAUGGACCACAUGAUAAGCGAAAGGUUUCUAAUAGUGCUGGACGCAUUUUACAAUUUAUUCUGCUUUAAAAUUAGUAAAGUAAAAAGCAAAGAUGCAGAUAAGCAGGAAUAUUUUCUAAAAUCAGAAAACAUUUUUAUUUUGCCUCUAAAUAGGGACAAGAGAUUUAUCGAGCCAAGGUGCUUCUACACACUGUUCGACAUUUUCCAUUACGUGUUUCUUAAUUACGACAAUUCUCUUCACUUUCUGCAUAUUUAUCUAGACAGGAACGAUCGUUACGAUUUUGAAUUUACUCGCACGUUUAGCAGCAGAGUGGACUAUCUCGAAGUUGUAAAGGGGAAGAAUUACUUUAAUUACUACGCUCUACCAGCCCCAAUAAAAUAUAUCUGGCCCCCGCCAUGCUAUUACACCUAUUUGCUUUACUACUACGUGGUUUACCUACUGUAUGGCAUUAAUGGGGGCAAGAAGGAGAAGCGUGGAAAAUCGACAAACCGACUUUCUGCAAGUGCAAAGGGAGGAACGGUGAAUGGUGAGGGGAAUUGCCAAGGAGGGGACAAAAUAAAUGCAGAGAAGGAGACGCAGUAUAAGGAAAAUGCCCCAAUGAUAGGAUCAUUAAAGGGGGCAGCAGAACCCUCUUCGCGAAGUGCUAACCAUUUUGAGGAAUUAGAAAACUGUCAACCAUACGAGUGUUCAGUCGAGGCAUCCUCUUUUGCCUUCUUCACGCUGAGCCCAUCGGAGGGGGGGAAACCAAACGAGAAGGUCAAAUUAUUUGAGAGCAUUUUCAAGGAUAAGCUAAAUAAACACUCAGAAAAUUAUAAAAGCCUGGUUCGAUUAAAAAAAAAAAUGAAUUGUGUAGACUUGAACCGAUGGGAAGGAUUCAGAAAGGAGGCGCUUUUUCACCUCAGCAAUUUUAGACACCUUAUAAAUAGUGCCCCUCUAUCUUAUAGGCCUAUUUUGCGUGGAGACAAAACGAACGAACAGUAUGUGGAGAGGGACACUCACUUGGGAAAAUAUGGCAAAACGUGGGAAGCGCAUUCCAAGUGGAAGGGGCAUAACACCUUGCUGGAAAAAUUUAUCCUUUCAGUAAUUCCUCAUAUACUAUACCAUGGAAACAAAAUUGAAAAUAAACUCAACCGGACAGUGCUGAAGUACAGUUUCUAUUCCAUUAUUGAAGAGCUCGAGAAUAAGGAGAAAUCUUGCUAUGUCUACCUUAGUAGCAACAACAAGAUGAGCGUAAUAAGUGUGAGUAAGUGCCCCAACCAGUUUUGCCUCCUAAACGCAUUAAAAAAUAUCGCCCUUUUUGGCAGCGACAGGUAUGUCAAUUGCCCGCUAGUGAUUUAUCGGCAUGUAGGGUUGUCCCGGUUUGCAGCUGAUCACAAUUCCCAUCUGCAUCACACUGUGCACCACAUGGGAUUGUGCAUACACAUCGUGUGCAGCCAAAUAUGGAAGGGGAAAAAAAAAAUGACCUUACCUAUCAGGGGGGAUGCAAACACAUCAAGGACGACAGAAGGACAGGCGAAGUCCAAAGAGAUUGCAAGAAACAAACGGAACACAAACAAUGCCAAUUCGUUUCAAUCCCCGUCUUCAUACGACAUAAUAAGCUUCAAAAUAAACAGCUACAUUGACACAAUUUUAUUUAAAUAUUUCAAACUGUACAGUAACGCAUACUCUUACAGAAAUGGGAAGUAUCAACCGGUGUAUGACUCAAAAUGGAGAAAAAAAAAACUUAGCCGAAUCAUCAUUAACAUUGUAACGAAAUACGUAACUUGGAACAUGUUCGCAACGAACAUUUUGGACAUCGUUUUGUAUAAAUCGCUUAACAAACUGAAUGACCUCUACAUUGCGGCAUAUAAAAUUAUUUACAACUAUGUCACGAGGCUGAGUAAUUCUCCAUACUAUGACAUCUUUACGGGAAAGGGCAGAGACGAUACCAUCUUGAAUAUAUCACCCGCGGUUUUAUACUCCCUCUUUUUGUCCAAGCAGUGCAGAGAGAGGAGCCCCACCAGCCGGUUAGAGGAUGCCCUGUUUCGUGGAGUGUUUGGUGUGAACAAUUCCCAUCUGAGUGAGGAACCGUAUUGUAACGAAUAUAGGACAGCACAUGAGGGAACGAAGCGGAAAGAUGCAGAGAAGGAAAACGGAGGGGUGGAAAAAUCGAACAAAAAAUUAAAGGAAAAAUUCAUUUCUUUUCUGAACGAAAUGGGCGCAAAUGUUUCCCCCAGCGACGCGCCAAAAAUUGGCCUUCUCAAGGAAGGUGUACAAGAUGAACGCGUUUACUGCGCUAUUCUUCAUUUGUUUAGGCUGAAAAGGGGGUUGGAAGCGUCCAGUGGAAAGACGAAAGUUGCUUCAGAGGAGGAAUCACCCCGCCAAUUGUGCAACAACGCGACGGAGGGGCGAAUUCCCCCGUUCGACGUCUACACUGAUUACGCGUACAAAAUAAACUGCAACGUUUACUACGCUUGCCUAUACCUGCUGUGCGUGCUGAAGAGGAGGCACGUCUUCCACCUCAUGUUUCUCCUAAAAAUGUUGCGAAAGUUUUGCAAAAUUCACAUCGCAGAGGUUGUUAUCAACAUUAUAAGGAAGAUGGAUCCCUACGUCAGCGCCAUCCUGAUGUAUGCCCUCGGCAAUUAUAUGCCUCACGAUUUCAUGCAUCUUUGCUUACCCAAUCAAAGGUACAACGUCUGCUCCCUAUUCAUCAUUAAUGUACAGAACUAUCUGGGCAUAUACGACGUUCGGAAAUUUUAUUGCAUGUACAUUCUCUGUAUGAGUCUCAGAAAUAAUAUUAAGUAUGCGGAAGGCCUGAUCAAUUUCAUGUCAAUACUGUUUUACACUCUGUUUGAAAAUAAGGGGGGACACUACCCAUUUCAUUGCAACUAUUUUGGGCUGCAAGAAACAACAAAAAGAAAAAUCAUGGAGAACGCCUUAACAAGAACGCACAGUAGUUGUGCCAACCAUGACGAUUUCCUCUUUCUCCUUUUGUGCGCAAACGCUUUUAACAACAUCAAAUUGGGGAAAGCAGAUGGGAUGAGUCUCUUCCAAUUUUUGCUAGGAAAUUCGAACACCGGUGACGCUAUGCUGAGCAGAAGAAGCCCAGACGCAGAGAGUGGCAGUCACAACCAGAAAAAUCAUUACGUAUACGAUGAAGAAGCAGUACACAGAGAAAGAAGAAAUAAACUCUCCCUGAAAAUCAAAACCUUCACUUUCAAGAAAUUCCAAAUGAACAAAAUUAUCUGCGAGUUUUUUUACAACCAGGAUGUGAUAGACUUUUUGUUAAACAAUAUCGAUUCGUUCGCCAAGCUGCACACGUGUAAUUUGUCCGUCUUUGAUUGCUCCCCCAGUCAACGGCGACUCCGUGCUUCCCCCCCAGAAGACGAACAAAGUGUAGCCCUAGCAGAAGUGAAAAAUAUCUACGUCAGGUUUAUCCUUCUGGUGCAAAACAUUGUGUGCUACUACAUUUACAACAUGCUGUGGUUCGAACUUUACUACUUUGUGACGGGCCUAAAGGUGGACGUUCUCUCCUUUUUCUCACAUUCGUACUUUUUCAAGUCGAGUUUGUUCCAGAAGGUGUUUUGGGGAAUCUGCCCCGUCGACGUUUCUCUGCAUGGCUACACCGAUUGGGAGUUUCAUUUUGUAAAUUUAGACAACUCAGGGACGGUUCCACAUGGUAAUGAAUCACCUCACCUGGGCAGCACCAUGUGGGAAGAACAGGGGGGACCCGUUGAGCACAGCGAAGGGGAAAAUCAUCCUAAGCGAAAAGAGAACAAUGAGCAUUGUAAAAAUAGCAAAGGAAACAAGCGAAGUGGCCCUAAGAUGAACCCCCCCAGCGGUAGUAAUGAAGACCUUCAUGAGGGGGAUCACCCCAGUGGGGAGAAACUCCAGGGAGGACGUUACGAUGACGGAAGCGGUGACGGAAACGAAAACGGAAAGGCUUCCCCACCACAAAACAUGUCGACCACUUUCAAAGAGAACUAUCAGGAAUACACAAAAUAUAUGAACCACAUGAAAAACUUGGGAACAAUUUUUGACAAAGUGGAAAAGGAAAACCAAGUUAUUAAUAAAUCUUUUUCACAGCAGGGAUCACAGAAGUGCUUUCUCAUCGAUAUAUAUAAAUCGUUUAAGAGCCAUUUUAAUAUAAGCUUCUGGACGAUGAAGAAGGGAAACCUCAAAAGGAAGGACACGUCCAGCGUGAGCGAAGAAUACACGCGAAGCGUGUCCAAGACGGAAAUAGAAAAUGAAAAAAACGACUAUCGCAGAAAUUUAUAUUCAUACAAUAUAUACAAUAAACUCACAAAUUACACUUUUCUGGAAACGCAUUUUGCUCCAUCUGUUUAUAAAUAUAUACCAAUUUACAACACGUUAAAAUAUUUAUACUAUUUCUUUCGUGUGUGUAAUGUCAAGAAUACGGAACAUCCCAAGAGAAUUUUUUUAUUGUUAAAAUUGCCGAUUCAUGCUUUGGCGCUAACGCUGUAUUGCAAAAAUUACGUAAUGCUGAACAUUUUGAUGAGCAUAUUUCCCCACCUCUACCACAUCAUCAAUUACAUUUUAAAUAUGAAUGGAACCCAUUUUUUAUAUAAAAAAAGGGAAGAAAGUGCGAAAAGGCAGAACGGCAUUAACGCAAAACAUGAACAAAGUGAAAAUGUUAAUUUUAUCUUAUCCAGUGAAGAAUUCAAUCGGAAGCUUUGCGAAUACUGUUAUGAGCAUAUUCUCCACUACAAGCGGAAAAGCAUAACGCCUUUUUCAAAGAGAAUAUGCCAAAAAAUUUAUGGAAAAGAAAUUUGCGACAGCGAAGACAUCUCCAGUAUGUAUGACCAUUAUAUGUCAUGCGAAUGUUUGAACAAUUUAGUUUUCUUGAGGAAGAAGCUGUCUGAUUUGAGAAGAAGCAUAUGA